AGUAAGAUAGGAGAAGAAGAAGAAGAAGAAGAAGAGGAAGAAGAAGAAGAAGAAGAAGAAGAAGAAGAAGAAGAAGAAGAAGAAGAAGAAGAUCGUUGGAAAUAAAGGAAGAAGAAAAGGAAAUAUGUCGAGAAGGGAUGGGUCGAAAAAUGGCCGGCUCUUUUUUCUCCUCAAAGAUAUCGACGCAAACGAUAGAAUAGAAGGAAGAAGGUGCCACCACCACCACCACCACGCCGUCGUCUUCGUCCUCUUCGUCUUCUUCUUCGAUAACACGGCAGCGUCUUCCUUUUCCUCAACCUCCUCCUUCCUCUUCUCAUCCUACUCAUCCUUCUCCUUAUUGAGAAUGCGCAUCGGAGCGUAAGAAAACGUAGGUACAGUGGCAAUAAAAUGUGGUGCGCAUUAUCGUGAAAAUGUUGGUGGACGAGUGUGGAAGCGGGAUGGGGUGGACUACGGCAGCGAGCGUUAGAGGGGGUUGGUCCACCCCCGGUACUACUGUUGGAUGUAGAAACUCCGCGAUGAGUUUCGGGGGCAGUGUACCUUCUCUUCACCCAGCUGGCUCGAUACGAUCCUUACGUUCCCAGCAUUCCAUACAGUGUCCACAAGAGACACCGCAAAGAUGUAUACACUGCCAUCCCGUGCACGCAUCGAACACUCCUAACAAUUAUGUGCAUCAUCCUAUGCAGUAUUAUACACCCAGUCAUUGUACAGAGGGUCAACAACAGAAUGGAACUUAUACACCACAUCGGAGUUCCUACCAUGGCGACACUCGUAUACGAUAUACGGACACGGAGGAAAGCUUGGCAGGGAACGCUAACUGGGUCCUUGGUGAUUUACGAACUCUUCAUCGUUGUGUUCCCGCAUUGCGACGUACAGGCAUAGACGUCGCUGGUAUGCGAGCGCAUUUCUACCCGGAAGGUGGCUGGGGUUGGUUGGUAUGUGCAGCUGGCUUUCUCGCCCUGUUGCUCACUACAGGAAUGCAGCUCGCCUUCGGCUUUCUUCAUCUUUAUGCUACACGUCAUUUUGGCGACGUACAUAUAAUGGACAUAGCUUGGGCAGGAGCUCUAAGUGCUGCGGUUUCCCGUGGUUCCGCUCCACUGGUCGUUGGCGCGUGUCGCCGUGGAAGUACGCGGCUCACCGCUGUGAUUGGUGGUCUUGUAUUGGCAUUAGCUUCGCUUUUUACUUCCUUUGCCCUUCAAAUGCAUCAAGUACUUUUGAGCUACGGCUUGGUACUGGGCACAGGAGCCGGUUUGGUAAGAGAAACCGCUGGUUUGGUACUCGGCCAUUACUUUAGAAGACGACGAGAGUUCGUUGAGAUGGUGGUGCAAGCUGGCACGGGGGUGGGAAUUGCUCUCUUCAGCGUAUUUUACAAGGAAGCGGUUGGAAAGCUAGGUUGGAGAUUGGGGUUGCAGUCUGUUACGGGAGCACUCUUCUUGGCCUUUUUCCUGGGUCUGAUUUAUAGGAGUGCUUCUCUCUAUCAUCCUCAACGAAGAGCGAUCUUACAUCUCAAAAAUCAACGUAGUAAAGUAAAGGAAAAGAAAUCGGCGACAAAGGUACCGGCACAGCCAUUGGUUGACCUCAGUCCUUUGGGAAGUCGACCAGUUAGAAUGCUCAUGCUGGCAGCUGGUGCAGCUGGUUUUGGACUUUACACACCUGCCUUUUACAUCGCAUUGCAGGGAUAUCAAGACGGUCUGGAGGCAAGCUCGUUGGUAUUACUACAGACCUGCUUGGGUUUGGCAGCAGCACUAGGAUGCGCGGCUUGGGGGGUAGUUACAGCCAGACCAUCUGCUCAGUGCUUGGUGUCCAGGCAAUAUCUCUGCCAAGCAGCACUUCUCGGAGUUGCUGUAGCUCAAGUGGCGCUUGGUAGCGUGGAAGGUUAUCACGGAUUGGUCUUGGCAUCAGGCCUUUAUGGAGCUUCACUCGGUGGUGCCCUUUACUCCCUAAAGAUGUUGGCUCUCGAAAGACUAAGGGCAAGACAUUUCGCUAGAUCUUGGGCUCUUGUUCAAGCAGCGGAAGCAUUGCCCAUCCUACUCGGAGUUCCUCUUACCGGUUACAUGAAUGCUAACAGCCCAAGGGUGGGCUACUAUGCGUGCACGUUGAGUUCCUUGUGCGGCGCCGCGUUGCUCUUCUUGGUCGGUUGGGGUCGACAGCCGACAUCACCAGUUUUACCCGGGCCACGUUUAUCCAGUCUCGGUGCCGUUCCACCGCCCUGUGCCUGUCCACCACCACCAAGACCAAGGUUACCUAAAUCUCAGUCCCUACAUGUACCCCUCGACGUUGAGGAUAACGUACAGGAAAGGGAAAGCGAGAGUAUACACACUGCCGAACAUUAUUACCAACCACAAUUUCAUGCUCCGCUUAGGCCGAGCAAAAGUGUACCAGAAGGUUUGAGUCAUCCACAUCAACCGGAUCCUUAUAGAACAAGACCGAGGCGUUAUCGAGAUGUUACCGUUAUCGAACAAAUUACCACCAGCGUUUAAAAGGACACUUUUCGGUAAUGAUACAUGUAACUUAGGCUUCUAGAAAAGGAAAAAAAUAUGAAAAGGAAGAAGAACAAAAAGAGAGACAAGUACCUACUAUGUUUCACGCCUUAACAAAUUUUUAACGCGAAGGAAUCUUUAAGAGUUUCGAUUGAAGUUAAACAAAAUUUUGAUGUUAUAAUUCUUGAACUUUUCAUUGUUCAUGAAAACGUUCGAUACGAUAGCAACGAUCUCUAUCAAAUAGCAAAUCUAUAAAUAUCCAGGCUGUUUGGCUUUUCAAUCAUUAAAAAGGAGCUUAAAAUCGAUUCUCUAUUAAGGUACGUCAAUGUCGGCAAUUCCAUGUGUGGGCAACAUUAACGAAAGACCAAAUGUGUUUACAUAAUCGUUAGUCUCGUGUGUGUAUGUAUCGUUUAAACAAGAUAUGUGUAUGUAGAGAACGGAUCGAUCAAAAUUUCCAGGGAUAAUUCAAAAAUAAUGAUAAUCAAAGAAUAUACAACAACAAAAAUUAGGUAAUAAAUAAAUAAAUAUCCUACGUUAAGAAGAAAGUUAAAAGUAACAAUAAAAAAUCAGUUAGAUAAUCGUAAGACUUAAAAAAAAAAAAAAAAAAAAGAAAAGAAACUAUGAUAGUUAAUUAAUAUUUCAAAGAAAAAUUAAAAAGAAAAAAAAAAAAAAACAAAAGAAAUGUGCCAUUUGACCUUCCCGUGAACUUUAUCGUCGUCGUAA